AGAGCGGCGGUCCGGCCGGCGGGGGCAUGGCGGGGGAGGCCGCAGGCCCGGGUUGGCCUCCUCCACGACAUGACGACGAUGAUGACGAUGAUUAUCCAGGGUCUUCGCUGGAAGGCUCCACGCGAGCCGGGCCGAACUACAACUCCCAGAAAGCAAAGCGGCGGGCGGCGCCUCCUUCAAUGAACUUUAUUAGCGGACGGAGGCCGCGGACAAGACAGGCCAGGACGGGCCAGGACGGGCCAGGACGGGCCGGGGCAGGCGGAGGGAAGAUGGCGGACGGGUUGGGAGGCAAAGGCGAGAGGUUGGCGGCCCAGCGCCUGGUGUCGCUGCCCCUGUCCCGCAUCCGGGUCAUCAUGAAGAGCUCCCCAGAGGUGUCCAGCAUCAACCAGGAGGCGCUGGUGCUGACGGCCAAGGCCACGGAGCUCUUCGUUCAGUAUCUGGCCACCUAUUCCUACAAACACGGCAGCGGGAAAGAAAAGAAAUCCCUCACCUACAGCGACUUAUCCAACACGGCGGAGGAGUCGGAAACAUUUCAAUUUCUCUCAGAUAUAUUACCAAAGAAGAUUUUAGCUAGUAAAUACCUAAAAAUGUUAAAAGAGGAGAAGAGGGGAGAAGGAGAGGAGGAGGAGGACGAAGACAGUGAAGACGAAGAAGCGGAAUCCUAAGGACGCGGCCCCCUUUCAAAAAGCUCAUCUCACUGGUGCCGUCUCCCCGCGCACCCUGCUUCUGGCUCCAUGUGUCUCAUCUCUUGCUUCUCCAAGAAAGACUCCAGCAGGGAUCAUUUCUUUUUCUUUUCUGGCUAAACCCGGGCACGUACCAUGCCCACGUACCUGGGCAGUUGCCUGAAGUGGGUGAGGCGGCAGGGGACCCUUCGGCCCAGCGGCAGCGGCCCCGGACAGCCGACCCCUCAGCGUUAAGGGAAAUGGGCCUGGCCUUUUUCCCUUACCCCGUGCCGUUUUGAGGGUCGUCUGAGUACUUCUCAAACUGAAGUCACUGUAACCUGUGUGUAUUCUGGACUAUCUUUCUUGGAGUGGCAUCCGCCUUAUCAGUGAAGCACCCGAAGGGGCCAUGAACUGGAUCCUACAGUACCAGGUUCUGUAGAGCAAGAAAAUGUAAUUUUGCUGUUGGACAAAAAUGACUAUUUUUUUUUACUGUAAGGUAUAUUUGCCAUUUUGUAUUUUUUAGAGAUGGUGUAUAAUAGGUUUUUUUCCCAAUAAAAUGUUUGGUAAAAUGAGAUUUUUCCCUUGA